GCGGCGCUGGGCUGGGGCGCGCAGGGCGGCCGCCGCCUCCCGCCGCGGGGAUGAGCGCCUCGGCGGCCACCGGCGUGUUCGUGCUCUCGCUCACCGCCAUCCCCGUCACGUACCUCUUCAACUGCCUGGCGGCCACCGGCAGUUCCUGGGUGAUUGUUGCAGUUGGAUUGCUGGUUCUGGUUCUUAUUGCUCUGUCAGCUCGUGUUCUUGUCAAGAGGAAGCCACCCAAAGACCCACUGUUCUAUGUUUAUGCUGUAUUUGCCUUUACCAGUGUAGUGAAUCUAAUAAUUGGACUGGAACAGGAUGGAAUUAUUGAUGGAUUCAUGACUCAUUACUUGAGAGAGGGGGAGCCGUACCUGAACACCGCCUACGGCCACGUCAUCUGCUACUGGGACGGCUCCGCGCACUACCUGAUGUACCUGCUGAUGGUGGCAGCUAUUGCCUGGGAACAAAGCUAUAGAACCAUUGGUCUCUACUGGCUGGGUUCCAUUAUCAUGAGCAUCAUUGUCUUUAUGCCUGGAAAUAUUGUGGGCAAAUAUGGAGCAAAAGUGUGUCCUGCUAUUUUCCUAAGUAUACCAUAUGUCUGCCUCCCCAUAUGGGCUGGGUUCAGAAUUUACAACCAACCUUCAGUGACUCAUGACACUCCAGUCAAGGUGGUUCAGGAAGUCCAGAAGAAAGGACUCUUAAGACGACCAAUAGAUUUAAUGUUAGCUGCAUACCUCAUUCUAGCCACGGCGUUUUGCAUAUUUAGGGGCAUGAUUGCCCUGGACUGCCCUGCUGAGCUCUGCCGGCUGUACAUCCAACUGCACGAGCCCUACAUAAAAGAUCCUGCUGCCUAUCCCAAGCUUCAGAUGCUGGCAUACAUGUUCUACUCGGUGCCAUACUAUGUGAUUGCUCUCUAUGGCCUGCUGGUGCCUGGUUGUUCCUGGAUGCCUGAUUUGACCCUUAUACAUGCUGGAGGACUAGCUCAGGAUUCACUUCUGCAAGGACGGCUCACCUGCCUGAAGCCGAGCAGGUGCUCAGCAGCACUUUUGGGCUGGGCACAGAGGGCUCAGGACCGUGAGCCACUGGGCUCAGGCUGCUCAUGCGUUUCCAGAGAGGAGGGGUUUUGGCUGUGUCUCUGCAGCUACUCUUGCUAAUGCUGCUGGCUCAGAAACAAGCAGCAGCAAACACAGCAACCUUGGUUUGGGCAGCUUACGUUUCUAUUUGCAAUUACAGCUAUUUCUAUGCCUUCUAUGUGUAUUUAUAUUAAAAGCAGUACACCUAGUGCCUUUCUCACAGAUGAAACUAGCUGAUACGUUUUAAUUGGAAACACUUUAUUUGGGUUUGUUGACUUCUUGGUGUUUUGAUUGAAAGAAUUUUAUUUUUAAGUGUAAUCAGUAACAAGGAAGCAGUUCACAUGCCCUGUGCGUUGCACCCUGCACGAAGGGACCUUCAGGGCACUGAGAAAUGCAGGGUGUAACACUCUCCUGCUGAACACUGCAGUUCCCAGCAGCAGUCAGAGGAGAGGCCCCAGGUUUUACACCUCCAGCCAAAGGGGCAGGUCCAAAACAACCACAGCACACCUCAGGCAAUGCUUGUUGGCACCCAGCAUCCCUGGUGCAGCUCCUUAGGCUUUGGGAUAGCUCCACCUCAGUGCCUCUUCCCAGCGCUGCCGGGCUGUCACAGGACGUGCUGGCUCACAAACAGGUAUUUGAGCCUCUGAUGUUACUUCUGAUGUCUUUAAAGAAACUUUGAAUACAUUCAAGGUGAAUUUAAUGACCUCCUGUUAUCCAGAAAAGGCAAAGUACAGAAAAAAUAAAGAUCUCACCUGCACUUGUAUCUAUUAUGGUCAACUCAUGUUAACAGAAUGUUUUGCUUUAAUACUUGACUUACAUUAAUACCUCACAUUAUUACACGUAUGAAGCCAAAUAUGACGCUAACUUAGUUGCUUACAACCUCAAACCUUACUCCCAAUACACAUUCCAAUAAAUUUAUUCUGUAAAAACAAUA